CGAGACCAGAGUGCCGCGCCCAAUGCGAGACUCGUACGGAGUAGCAGACGGCUGCAGAAAGGCACGGCAAAAACAAUCCCGUUAACUGAGAAAAACUACGAGCUCCCGUCUGCCCCAGAGUCACUGUCCAUUCCUGUCGCACACCAAGACUCAUUUAAGCGUGUGCGAUGAACGGAGACUCAGGUGCAGGGGUGGUGACGGCCCCCCCGCCCACCAAUCCCCCUCAUAAGGAGCGUUAUUUCGACCGUGUGGAUGAGAGUAGCCCCGAGUACCAAAGAGAAAGAAACAUGGCACCCGACCUGCGGCAGGACUUCAACAUGAUGGAACAGAAAAAGAGAGUCUCCAUGAUCCUGCAAAGUCCAGCCUUCUGUGAUGAACUGGAGUCUCUGAUCCAGGAUCAGAUGAAGAAAGGUAAAAACCCUACCAGCCUGCUAGCUCUCCAGCAGAUCGCUGACUUUAUGACCACCAGUGUGCCCACCAUGUACCCAGCUGCCCCACAGGGAGGCAUGGCAGCCCUCAACAUGAGUUUGGGGAUGGUGACUCCAGUGAAUGACCUCAGGGGUUCAGACUCCAUUGCUUAUGACAAGGGAGAGAAGCUGCUGCGCUGUAAAUUGGCUGCGUUUUACCGUCUGACCGACCUGUUCGGGUGGUCUCACCUUAUCUACAACCAUCUGACUGUCCGACUGAACUCUGAACAGGAGCGCUUUCUGAUUGUCCCUUUUGGGCUUCUGUACAGUGAAGUCACAGCCUCCAGUCUGGUGAAAAUAAAUCUGCAGGGGGAAAUUGUUGACCGGGGCAGCACUAAUCUGGGUGUUAACCAGGCCGGGUUCACCCUCCACUCUGCCAUCUAUGCUGCCCGUCCUGAUAUCAAGUGCAUAGUACACAUUCACACUCCCGCUGGGGCUGCGGUGUCCGCUAUGAAGUGUGGUCUGCUACCUAUAUCUCCUGAAGCUCUGGCACUUGGAGAGGUGGCGUACCAUGAUUACCACGGUAUCUUGGUGGAUGAGGAAGAGAACGUUCUCAUACAGAAGAACCUGGGUCCAAAGAGCAAGGUGCUAAUUUUGAGGAAUCACGGUCUGGUGUCAGUUGGGGAGACAGUCGAAGAAGCUUUUUACUACAUUCACAACCUGGUCACCGCCUGUGAGAUUCAGGUCCGCACCCUUGCCAGUGCCGGCGGCCCUGACAACCUGGUGAUGUUGGACCCAGGGAAGUAUAAGUCCCGCCCACAUCACCUUGAGCCAGCUGGAGACGGGUCGAGCCCGCACCCAAAGUGGCAGGUCGGGGAGCAGGAGUUUGAAGCUUUGAUGAGGAUGCUGGAUAAUUUGGGCUACAGGACUGGCUAUCCGUACCGUUGUCCAGCGCUGCGUGACAAAACUAAAAAGUACAGUGAUGUUGAGAUUCCCCCGUCAGCGACGGGCUAUUCAUACACAGACGACAGUGACUCGGGUGCUCGCUCCCCGUUAAAACACAGCUUUCAGCGGCAACAGCGGGAUAAGAGCCGCUGGCUGGCCUCCGGGCGGCCUGACGAAUCCGCAGAGGAGGGGCAGGACAGCAGCGGUAGCCCCAAGGCGAAGACUAAGGUGUGGACGAACAUAACACACGAUCACGUCAAACCCUUGCUGCAGUCGCUCUCGUCCGGUGUCUGCGUGCCAAGCUGUAUUACCAACUGCUUGUGGACUAAGGAGGACAGUGUCCGGCAGGCUGCUGUGGCCAAUCAGUUUGUCCCGCUGAACACCAACCCUAAAGAAGUACAAGAGAUGCGCAACAAGAUUCGUGAGCAGAACCUGCAAGACAAGAAGAGCGCCGGCCCUCAGUCGCAGUUGCUCACAGGUGCGGUGGUGGAUCGCUCCUACGUCCAGCGAGUGACCAUGUGGCAUGACGCACCCCUUUCUGACUGCACGGACUCUAUUGAUGGCAUUGACCUAUCAGACAACUUAAGUCCUGCUAGGUCUGUUCGAAAGGGGGAGCUGGUGACCGCAUCUAAAGCCAUUAUUGAGAAGGAGUACCAGCCACGAGUGAUUGUGACUAAAACUGGACCAAAUCCCUUCAACAAACUCACAAACCAAGAGAUGGAGGAAUAUUACAGAGAAGUGGAGCUCAAGCAGAAAGGACAGGAAGCACAGGUCGAGGAGUCCGUCGACACCCGACUUUCAGGUCCUGAGGAAGUCCAGACCCCCUCCGGGCCUUCAGACAUCACCUCCACACAGGAGAACGAUGAGCCCCGGGUCACUGAGACUCCACCACCCUCUAUAAUCUCUAGUCGAGAUGCUGAAUCUGAGCCUGUAUCGGGUCGAGAGAGCCCAUCACGUCCUUCAGAUUCCCCUCAUAAGGAUUUUCACUGUGCGGUACUGAAAGCUCUGGGCUGUGACACAGAACUGACCUCACUUUCUCAACCCGAACAUAACGGCCCGGCCGCAGGUCAGACACAAGAAACUGAAGAAGUUCCCAGCGGUACCUGUACUCCACCCAGCUCACCUGUGUGUCUAGAUGAAGAACCGACACAACAGAACCAGAACCAGUCGAGCAAAGACGAGAGUGACGCCGCCACUUUAAAACAAACCCUCCCUGAUCUCACCCCUGAUGAAUCCACUGAAGUCACCACCCUACCUGCAGAAGACCCCGCCCCUGAACAGACAGACCCCGCCCCUCAACAUGAAGGGGAGGAGCCUGCCGGUGACGAUGCUGCGGGUGACCCAGGCAGUGAUGAAUCUCCCAACAAAUCCCCUUCAAAGAAGAAGAAAAAGUUUCGCACCCCAUCUUUCCUGAAGAAAAACAAAAAGAAGUCAGAAACCUAGAGAGGAAGCUUGCUCAGUGUUUGGCAAUACCUGUCUUUAAAUCCUUUAGUUUUAUUUCUUCACUUUUAUUGUGUCAAUCUCUUUUUAUCAUUAAAAGCAUAGAUAUCUUUUUAUUCUGUUAACCGUUUUUAAUAAAUGCCGGCCGACUGCUAAAGUCACUUUGGAAAGAGCGUGACAUGAAGGCAUGUAAAUCAUCUCACGCUUUAACAACAUCAUCAGUUUCAAUGUUUUUAUAAAGAAUAAUGUGAGGCGUAUGAAAAACCACUAUAAUGUAUGAGAAUGCAUCCGAUGUUAUUAAGAAAAAGAAAUUUAUGAAAAAGUUUAGGACCCUUGUGGUGUUAAAAUAAGUUGAGAAUUCAGCCGCAUGCUUCUGAUCGAUGUCUAUUUAGUUUUUAAUAAACAGAUACACAGAGUGACCCAAAAUAAAAUCAUGAAAUACAACAGAUCUCACCUGAACAGAUGCAGAAGAGUCCAAAAGAUCUGAAGAUGAUAGAAAAUAAACAUGUUUGAUUUGACAGAUAUUGUUAAAGUCUCUGUCAGGAAAAUGUUCAUGUCCUAUUUCAACCUAAAAUAUAAAAUAUUUGUCUUCAGUCAGAUUUAAUUGAAUUUGUUUUUUAAAAUCAAUAUCUGGAUCUUUCUACAGUAUGUUGACACACGAUGACUCCUGUUUGCAAUAUAUCUACACCACACAACUUUCAUCCUGCAGUGAUGUGAAUGAAAUGUUGACUUUUUAUUUGAUUGUAUAUUUUUAGCUGUAGGUUUACGUUCAGUAGCUUGACAACACUGUCAUAACAUUAAUCUUUAUCUGUAUCACUGACACUAUUAAACAUCCUGCCUUGAAUCAAAGACAAACAACCCGACUCCUUGAUUCAUGUUUCAUACAGACACUGAUGACAUCACAGUUGAUUGACAGUUUUGUGAUGUUUAUAGACACUCACACACAAUCCUAGUGUUUGUCUGGAGCAUCACAAAUGACCAUGAGUGAAUCUCACUAAGAUAUAUCCAGGUUAUGUUUCAGACUUUGGUUUAAAAUAUGAGCCGGUCACUUCAUGAGAUUCACAAAUCUUAAACAAAUGAUUGAUUUAAGUUUAGAAGAAAUACAAACACAGGAAAAAUAUGAAGAAUAUUAAUGAUGAAAGAUUAUUUUUGAGUUUACAACAUGAAUCACAUGUAUGAGUUUGAUUUGGAUGAGAAUAAAUCAGAAAUCUCUGAUGUUCACUAACAAACACAACACAAGAGUUUACUGAAGGACUUCAUGACCUUUAACUUUUGUUGUUUGUCCUCUGAACUUUCUGUUGAUUUUCUUCUCAACUCUUUCAUUCAGUAAUUAUUUAGUUUGAUGAUUUUAUUUGAAGCCCCGUCUGUCAGUUUCUAACAUGCAGAUGAUGUUGAAUCUCUGAAUGAUUUUCUCUUGUAUGUAAUACAACUUUAAAUCACAUUUCUGUGUUUUCAUGCUACUUUAUAUUUUGCAGCCAUGAAUAAAAUGUAAUCUUUAAAAGCA